AAUGGCCUAACUCGUUGAGUGGUAUGUGAUCAAUACUCUAGUUCCGAUAUAUGAAUAACACCGGUACACAGUGAACACAAACUAGUGGAAUAUUCAGCUGAAAAUAUUUUUUGUUUGUUAUUCUUUACCGGGUUGAUAUUAAAUACACGUUGUUUUUCUGCUAAACAUAUACAGAUAGUUCAUAAAAGUUUUGGGAUUGUUAAUUAACCAAAUUUUCUAACAACAUAUCACAGAGCAUGUCAACGUUUAAACGGGAGAACUCCCUGAAAAUGGACCAAGGGCGGUUUCAAAGAUUAAGUGAGAUCACUUCCGCUAUGCAAGAAGAAGGACUCUACAAGUGCGGGCUGAUUUUCGGAAUUGAUUACACGAUGAGCAACAAGGUUCAAGGGGAGAAAACUUUUGGCGGGAAAUGCCUGCACGAUAUAAGCGAGGAUGAGCUGAAUCCAUAUCAAGAGGUGAUCACAAUUCUUGGUGAGACUCUGCAGCCCCUGGACGAGGACGGUCUUAUUCCAGCGUUUGGGUUCGGCGACUCGCGCACAAAAGGGGACGCCAUCUUUCCUCUCAAAGACGUGGGUUCGUGUGUAGGUUUCCGGGACGUGUUGGCCACAUACAACCGGGUGACCCCUACAGUGAAACUCUACCGCCCCACUAACUUCGCUCCUCUCAUAUACAAGGCCAUAAACAUUGUCAGAGCGACCAAGAAGUACCACAUCUUGGUGAUCGCGGCAGACGGACAGGUCAACUCGGAGGAGGAGACCACGGCCGCUAUUGUGGAGGCAUCCAACUGGCCGCUGUCCAUCGUCACUGUCGGGGUCGGCGACGGACCCUGGGGCACUAUGAACGAGUUUGAUAACAAACUGCCCAAACGCAACUUUGACAAUUUCCAGUUCUUGUGUUUUCAAGACGUGGUGGACGGCGCGCGCAACCGGAAAACGGCCUUCGCGCUUCAUGCCCUCAUGGAGAUUCCAGACCAAUACGCCGCUAUUGAGCAGCUUGGGUUGAUGGAGAAGCUGGAGGACGAAUAAUGAUUGACACGUGCAACUAACAGUAGACUUUGUUGUAUUGUGGCACAGCAUAGUUCGACGUGGUGUUUAGCUUUAUUUUGGCAGGGUCAAUUGAAAACCGUUUACGCAGUUGUUCAUAACUGUAAUUAAUGUUUAGUAAUGCGUGGUUGUCCAAUGUGGUAUUUAGCAUGUUUAGCAGGUGUAUAAUUGAAGAAAGUGCGCCGUCACGUGAUUCCAUGAAGUUCCAUGUGGUGUUGAAUGUUUCAUUGACGGAGAAACUCUAGGUAGUUUGCUGAAUGACUUGGUAUGGAAGACUGUUAUAGUGUGUUUAAUGAGUGAUAAAACUUGUGACAUGAGUGAAACGCAUUUUCAUUGACAGAAGCGCGGUAAAGAUUGACCAUUUUCGUACAUAUGGUGUAAAUCAAAAACUAUGCCGCCGUCUGAGGGCACUUUUGACUCGGAUUGUGCGCAAGAGUUAUUCAUUAUUUAUUUGUAAACUGUGUGUUUUGUGAAAAGUUUCUAAAGCCGCUCAUGUGACGGGCACUGUAUAUUAACUGUCACGAUUGUUAGAACGUGGAAUGUAAUUUUAAUGUUCUGUGAGCAUGUAAUAUUAAAAACAUGUGCGUAGUUAUUGCAUAUUUACAGUACAACUUGUAAAGCAAACGUUCGCUAAUUUUCUGUUGGCAAAAUUGUUUAAAUUGCUCAAAUUGAGUUAUUUAAUUUCCUUUCAUGGACGUCAUUUGUAUAUAAUUGUGUGAAGCCAGUUAUAAAUGCUAGAGACUUACACGUGAACGACUCACUUAUAUUUCCUUUUUUUUUUACUUUUUGUCUAAAACACAACAAAAUGCAUUUUUAUCAUUUGUGUACAACAUGGUAUACCAAUUUGUGCACUAAGCGGACCAACAUUUGUGUACGCCACGGACCAACAUUUGUGUACGCCACGGACCAACAUUUGAGUACGCCACGGACCAACAUUUGAGUAUGUCACGGUCCAACAAAUGUGUACGUCACGGUCCAACAUUUGUGUACGUCACGGACCAACAUUUGUGUACGUCAUGGACGAAAAUUUGUGUACGUCAUGGACCAACAUUUAUGUACCUCGCGGACGAACAUUUGUGUACGUCAUGGACGAACAUAGGACACGAAUUGAUCUUAAUUCAAGUAAUACAAUUUUCAACAGAUUUUAAACAAACAAAUAACUAGCUUGCUCACAGCGGCAUUCACGUCGUCAUCGCAAUGUCAAUACUAUACUUUAAAUUGUCUAAAGACAAACAUGCGAUUAAAACCCUCGCCAAUUUUAAGCAAUGUCUCCAGUGUUUAUGAUUGCAUAACUCGCGUUCAUGUUUCAUCCCUUAUAGCAUGUUUUAAUGCUGAAAAUAAAUAUAGUUAAUUGUUA